CGACGCCGGGCCCUGCCCAAGGACAGCUGGCCGCUGGCUCCGGGCGCCUCAUUCGUGAGCUGUGCUGCCCGCAGCCGCUCGCCGUGCCCUGUGCUUGAGAGCAGCCCCAGCAGCAGACAAGCUCAGCCUCAUCCCGCUCGUCCUCCAAGGCUCAGAGAGGUUUUGGAGGCACCUGCCAGCAUGGACGGAGCCUGGGUGGGGACCUGGAGACCUCAUCGCCCGCGUGGCCUCAUCUCGGCCCAGUUCCCCAGCCCCGGGCCGCAGUACUCCAUCCCGGGGACAACAGGUUACGUGGGCCACAGCCCCACCAAAGCCCGCGCCCCCGCGUACACAUUUAGAGGGACCAAACCGCCUGCAGCAGAGAGCUGUGGGCCAGGUCCCUGCUACUUUGUGGAGCCCUCCAUCACCAGGAACGGGAAGUACGUGUCUCCGGGCGCCCACCUCCGGGGACGACCCAAGACGGAGACCACCGUCACCCCCGGACCAAGUGACUAUUGCACCGAGACCGCCAACAGGCACGUCUUCAAGUGCCCACCGGUGCAGUCCAUGGCCUUCCGGCGGGAGCCUGUCCGAACUGACCGCCCUCCAGGUCCUGGCACCUACACAUUGCCCAGGCUGAUGGGGCCCAACACAGCCUACACAUCGGCCAGCCCCUGCUACACCAUGAGAGGAAGGAGCCAGCGCGGUCGCUUUGAUGAAGACCUUGCCAAGACCCCGGGUCCUGCGGCGUUCCCCAAGGUUGCUGUGGAUGCCUACAAAACCAGGGCGCCCGCGUACACAAUGGGAGCGCGACCGAAACCUGGAGGGGCCAAAGCAGCGAAUGUGGAACACAUGGACUUCGGUACCGACGACACUACCGGGGCCACUCCAGAUGAGGACACAGAAGAAUCUGGGGCUCUUGUUUCUGAAGCAGUGUUCAGCCAAAAGAUAGAGACACGAACUUGA